AUGUCACUAUUUCAUAGUUCAGAUCCUGAUCUUGGUCGCUUAGAGAACACCAUGUCUCAUUUAUUCGAUGGUUUUUUGAGUGAUCUUGACGUUGCUAAAUAUGGUGGAAAUGUUCGCAGUAAUCGUAAUAACUCCAAUAACUCUUGGCUUCCUUUAAUUGACGUCCAUGAAAGUGACAAAGAGUUUACUGUUUGCGCUGAAUUACCAGGGUUCACCAAAGAUAAAAUUAAUAUAGACUUCCGUGAUAAUGCUCUCAUUAUAUCAGGUAAACUCGAACGAGAUGAAAAGUAUAAAGAAGGAACUACUCGUAUUCAAGAACGUCGUUAUGGAGACUUUAAUCGUACUAUUUCAUUUCCCUCAAAUGUUAAUGCUGAGAAUAUAACUGCUAAGUUCGAUCUAGGUGUUUUGAAACUUAAACUUCCAAAGUCAGAACCUACUGGAAGGAAGAUAACUGUUGAAUAG